CUUUAGUCUUCGUUUUAUCAGAGUUUUGUCAACCGGCUUCGAGACAUUUUGUUCUUCUUUCACAUUUCUCAAUUGUUUGAAAAAGAAUUCAAUAUGCCCAACUACAAACUAACUUACUUCCCAGUUAAGGCAUUGGCUGAACCAGCCCGCUUUGUCUUCAGCUAUGGUGGAAUUCCAUUCGAAGAUGACCGUUUCAACAGAGAUGACUGGCCAAAGAUAAAGCCUACUAUGCCUUUUGGUCAGGUUCCAGUCCUUGAAGUUGAUGGAAAGAAAUAUGCUCAAUCUGUAGCCAUUACCCGUUAUGUUGCUAAACAAGUUGGACUAGCUGGAAAGAAUGACUUGGAAGCUCUUGAAAUCGACUCCAUCGUCGAUUCUAUUCACGAUCUCCGUCUGAAAAUUGGUGCUUUCCACUACGAAACCAACGAGGAAGUCAAGGCUGCCAAGGAAAAUAUUGCAAAGGAGCAGGUUCCAUUCUACUUGGAGCGUCUGGACGCUCAAGUAAAGAACAACGGUGGCUACUUCGUUGGUGGUGCUCUCACUUGGGCUGACUUGACCUUUGUUGCUUUGCUCGACUACUUGAACUUCAUGUGGAAGUCCGACCUCAUCGAGAAGUACGACAACCUGAAGCAAUUGAAGGAGAAGGUCCUCAGUUUACCUGCCAUCAAGAGCUGGGUUGAGAAGCGCCCACAAUCCGAGUGCAUCAUGCCUAGCUACAAGUUGACUUACUUCAACGUUACUGGCCUUGGUGAGCCAAUCAGGUUCAUACUGCACCACAGUGGCAUUAAGUUCGAAGACAAGAGGUUGACGUUCGACGAUUGGCCACAGUAUAAAUCUCAGAUGCCACUGGGUCAAGUGCCCAUUUUGGAGAUCGACGGCAAGCAGUAUCACCAAUCCAAAGCUAUCGGCCGUCUCCUUGCCAAGAAGAACAAACUCUACGGCAGCAGCGACGACGAAGCCUACGAGAUCGAUGCAACGAUCGAUACGAUCGAAGAUCUGAGAGUAGCGUUUUCGCAAUACCACUGGGAGAAGGACGAGGCGCAGAAAGAGAAACUGAAGGCCGCGGUUGACACCAAACGUCCUGAAUAUCUUCAGAAGCUCGAGGAACAGGUGAAGAAGAACGGAGGAUACUUGGUUGGUGGAAAGCUGUCCUGGGCGGAUCUUCUGUUCGGCGCUUACGCAGAGAUGUUGUCCAACAUCCAGGAAUCAGAGCUGACCAAGGACCAUCCCGAGCUGAAGAAGCUGCUCGAUAAGGUUAGGGCGCUGCCCAAUAUUAAAGCUUAUCUCGCUCAACGCCCAAAGGUCCUGAUGUAAAAACAGAUCCCCACUUUUCAAUUGUCAGCAAUGAAACCGAGAACUGAAGAUCGAAUAAAACUUUCCCCCGAAAACGACUCGCGACUCGUUUAUUUCUUUUGGUUAGAAAAUUACUCACAAUCGCACGUUGUUUAACAUUACGUCGUGCUUGAUACAAAUGCAGCGUUUCCAAUGUAGACUACGCGAACGAAGAGGCGAAUAGAGAAUGUGGAAGGAUUUUGUAUCCGUCGUUAUUGCACGAUGCAAGUACAAAAAUAAAUAACAUUUACACACACACAUACACGGUCACUCAUCAAGGGAAGUUUUCUUCUGUGUCUCGAGGAUUUUUCGUGUAUUAUCCGUAUUUCUAUUUACCAUCGAUCGGUACACCACGUUUCGAUCGAUCAUUUAGUUAAGUACAAGAAUGUAUAAAGCUCGAAGUAUUUCAUUAAAUUAUUUACA